UUUACAUGUUUGGGUCAAAACACGUGUAUUUGUCGUUUGAGAUGUCGGCGAACAUCAGUAAUGUUGACGUUAUUCUAGACACAGUGGAUCUGGAUGUACCGUCCUGUCCUCAUGGACCUGCACUGCUAUUCAUCAAGUAUGACCAGGAUGGUGAGAAGCCAGGCAAACAGAGAAAGUUCUUUGCAUGUUCAGCCUUCAGAGACAGAAAACAAUGUCGAUUCUUCCAGUAUGCAGAUGAAAAAAUAUCAAAAGAAAAGAUCGAGGAACGCAAGCUAACUAACAAGGGAAAUUCUCCCAAAUAUUCCCAUGUUGAUCUGUGGAAUCGAUGUCAGCGUCUACGAGACACACAGCUCCAUGAUUCUGCCCGAGUAUACUGUCACACAUGUGAUCUUCUGUUGCUUCCAGAGGAACACAAGGACCAUAAGGGUCACACACUUAAGACAAAUAUCUCAUGUUCCCAACUUCAGCAUCCUACAGAGCUGUUCCAGCCACACAACAACAACAAGACAUAUGCUCAAUAUCUGUUUGCAAGCUCUGCAGUCACAUUCACCUUACAGACCCUGGACAAAAUUGGUGUCACCCAUGUACUUUGUGUCGGGGCUCCAAGAAUACAUGAAGCUAUCAUCAACAGAAGUGGAUCCAAGGGCCACUCAACAAAUACCCUGCUGCUAGAUCUGGAUGCAAGAUAUAUGCAGGUGUACUCAUCAUCACAGUUCUGCCGCUUCAAUAUGUUCAACUUCCAUUUCUUUGACUCAGGAACUAGUGAACAAGUGUAUCAAGACUUUGUAACUCCAAGCCACCAAAAACGUGUUGCCAUAGUAACAGAUCCUCCAUUUGGGGGAAUGGUAGAAGCUCUGGCAAGGACCAUGUCCCGGAUCAUGUCUGACUGUGUUCUUCAGGACAAGGGUGAAGAAGAGGUUGUCACUGUUCCGGUGCUAUGGUUCUUCCCCUACUUCCUGGAGAAGAGGGUAACAGAUGGUAUUCCCGCCCUGCAUAUGUUAGACUAUAAGGUUGACUAUGACAACCACAGCUUGUUCUCAGCAAAGAAGAAGAAGGGGUCCCCAGUGAGGAUCUUCACCAACCUUCCUGCAAGGCAGAUCCCGCUACCUAGCAACCAGGGAUACAGGUGGUGUGAGAUGUGUGAGCGCUACUCUGCCGAGGAGAACAAACACUGUGGCAAGUGCGGCUGCUGUCCGUCCAAGGAUGGAACAAGUUAUAUUCACUGUGAUACCUGUGAACGCUGUGUGAAGCCCUCCUGGGUGCACUGUAGUAUAUGUAAUAGAUGUCAGCUACAAGACCACAAGUGUGGGGCAAGCAGAGAGUCAGGCUGCCAUAUAUGUGGACAGAGUGGUCACAAGAGGAGGGACUGCCCCCUGAAACACCUGUCAAACAGGAAAAGGAAGAAAGAAUUAUUAUCCCACUCAUCAGCUGCAGUGUCACUGUCAAAGAAAAGGAAGAAAACAGGAAAAAGAAAGUAAUUUGAAUUGAGCCUAUUUGUUUUGUCUGACUUAUGCAUGUUCCUCAAAAGAGGUAUAAAGUUAUUAAGGAAUAUGCAACUGUUUUUACAGUUCAUAAUAUUUUAUCAUUACAUUUACGUGUUAAGGUAAUAUACAGAGUUGAAUGUUGAUUCCUAUGAAACAAAUAAGCGAACCAGGAAGAGUCCUUAAAAGAACAUAACAAAUGUGAUGUAUCUGACACUUGUAUUCUUAAAUUUACUAAGUUCACCAAUCAAUCCAAAUCACUACAAAGGUAUCACUAUGACAGUACAAAAUAGAGUGGCAGUACAGAUUCGGUGUUGAUAGAAUACAAGAGCAGUGGUUACAAAAAUAUAGACAUUGAUUGUAAUAUUCACCUCUCAGCAACGGUAAUCCAACUUGCAAAACAGGCCUUAAUGGAGUAUCUUGGGUUUAGUGAUGACCACACUCAAUGCUGGUCUCUAACUCCCCUUUGGGGCGGUAGCCUAGUGGUUAAAGCGUUCGCUCGUCACGCCGAAGACCCAGGUUCGAUUCCCCACAUGGGUACAAUGUGUGAAGCCCAUUGCUGGUGUUCCCCAGCCGUGAUAUUGCUGGAAUAUUGCUAAAAACGGCGUAACACCCAACUCACUCACUCACUCUAACUCCCUUUCUAUAAUACUCUCUGAGGCAGUAGAUUUCAGAACCAGCAUCCUGUAGUACUAUCCAGAUCUUUCUGCCUAAAUCUAGUACAAGUCUAAAUAUAUCACCCCACUGUUCUGUACUGAAUCUACAGGUACAAUGUGUAACAGUGAGAAAAUUGUUACACAAUGUACAACAUGCCUUAAAACAGCAUGAAAAGAUUAUGCUUCUCAUGUUACACACACUUAACAGUAACACCUUUCCAGUUAGCUCCAGCAUAAAUCUGUUUGCUUAUAACCAGAAAACUGUUGAUAGAUUGAUGUACAAAUUGUUCUGUGAAUGAUUCAGAUAUGCAAUAAAGUGUUUCCAGAUGUUCUUGAUGCCAAAAAUGUGUUUGCAUUGGAUCCUUUGUAUUCAAAUUGUUUUUAACAUGAAAACUUUAAUAAACUAAGAAGACAGUAAUGUGAAUGAUGUAUCAUAUGUGACAAGGUAUGACUGUAGAUAAUAUUGUUUAUGUGUCACCAUAAUGUGUUCUUUACUAGGAAGUGUAGUUGAUGUUAUCAACUUACAGGUGUUGCUGUAGUUUGAUUCCCCAAGGUGUGCUUGACAUGAAGAGUUAAUAGCCACUAACUGUGUGCCAUGUUCCUGAUGGAUGUUAGUGUCAAGAUAGAAAGUUCAUGUCUAUUGUAUGGGUGACAAGGACACUUCAUACUAUAUAUAUAUAUAUAUCUUCAAUGUAUUUGUGAAAAAAUAAAAUUGUCUCACUGUG